UGUCUGUUAAGUACCCAACAAAAAUCGUGAGAUAGGCAUUUUAUAUAUUAGGUAAGAUAUAUAUAUAUUUUUUAAAAUAUAAAAUUGAAAAUAUCCUUAAUCUUAUAUAUUUAAGGUGCUGCAAAUUACUGUAAGUUUUUCUCUCUGUGUCUCACCCUCCACGAUUCCCUCUCCCUUCUCGGCUCCUAUUGUCGGCGUCUAUCUCCUCCACCACCCUUCUCUCUCCGUUUCACUCAUCUCUCUCCCCUUCUCGGCACUUGGCAUCUCCCAGCUCCGGCCUCUCCAUUUUUCUCGAUGAUAUGAAUCUCCAUUUUUCUUAAUGUCUCUGUAAUUGAAGUUGUGCCAAGUAAUAAUAUCACUGGUAAUUUACAAUAUAAUAUUUCAAAAUUUAAAAAAUUUCGCCAGGAAACUGUGAAGGUUUAUGGGAAUUUGGGGAGGAAUUUGGGGAUAGGACUAUUCAUAACUGCUAGAAGAGUGCUGACUGACUGGAAGAUGGAAGGGGCUACAAUGGAAAUUUAUUUAGAAGAAGAAAAUGAUGAUGAGAAAUAUAGUAAAGAUUCUGAGGAUGAUGAUGAUGAACAAUAUUGCUAUGCUUCUGUACCAGUGUCCAAGUUACAGCCUAGGAAGGUUUUAUCAAAGGGUCGUUGGAUUAAAAAGAUGGGAAUGGCUGAGAUUGAACUUCAUAAGGGUUCAAUUUGGAAGACAACAGGCAUAGUCCGUUGUGGCAAAAUCUAUUGCUCAAUUGAAGAAGCUUUGUUUAUGGCCGAAUUGGGGGCUUUUCUUUUAAUGGAUGAUGCUGGUGCCAGUAUUUCUAUUGAGGAGAUGUAUAUGAAUCUUUCUGAUGAUAAUAAUGGAUGUUCUUGGGAGCUUUUUCAGGCCUACAAACAACUGAAGUCUCUUGGCUACGUUGUGGGGCGGCACGGUAUCCCCUGGUCUCUUAAACAUGUUAAGAGCAAUACUGAAUCUUUUUCUUCACAAUGCUCCUCAGAAAAUGUAGUGGAUUUGAAAUCCCAAGGCGAAAUCUCUGUACUAGGAGUGUUUAGUAGGCUGCAGGUUGGCGAAGUUAAACCAGUAUUUGAUGUUUAUCUCCCAAAUACCAAGUUUAGAAAGUCUUCACCUGGUGCUCCAAGCUUUGUGGUCUGCUUUACUAGCGGCUAUCCACCAUCCAAACCCGAUCUUCAACACAUGGAGAGAAAAUGUGGAGGAAUUCCUUUGAAGUUUUGUCAUGUGGAGCAAGGACGAGUGAGUUUCAUUUCCUUUGACAAAGUGGAGCUUCCUAUCCUACCAUGACAUGCAGUUCUAUGCUGGUGUGAAACACAUUUGAAGACCUUCAACUAAUCUGAGCACAAUUUGAUUUCUAGUUUCUUCAGCAUAACUACAAGGGUGUACUCCUCACAGGAUUGAUUGGUAAGUCAUGCCCCUGUUUGGUUAGAAUGGAUGAAAGGAAAAGCAAUGGUAUUGGAAUUUCUGCACGUAAUUUUCAUAUCAGUCAAAGCGGGUCAUGAAUAUAUAAUCACCCAUAUUUGGUGGACUCUUCAUCAGAAUUUCUCAAUCCCCAUUUAGGAAAGGAUUUAAAAAUGGACCAAUUAUAUUGGCUUGACAAGAAGCACAAAUCAUUUUGUUGAGAUUUCUUCUCAAAAAUUUCCCAUAUUUAAGAUGCAUGAUGCAUUGUCCACCUUUAUAAUUGUUUAUGGGCAGUGAUUAUGGUAUAUUAAGUCUGUUCGAUUUGAGGAAUAGAAUGGUUUAUUUAUGGAACUCCACCAUAAGGUGCUAAAACACUGCCCUCUUCUCCUCAUUCUGUACUUGGGCUUGGGUAUGACCCUUUCACCACUGAUUUCAAAGUGGUAAAGGUUUCAUGUCGAGACAGGAAUGGUGUUGUUGGCAAUCUUAAUUUGUUUAAAGAGGGUAACCAAGUUGGGAUUUAUAGUUUGAGAAGCAAUUCUUGGAAAACAAUGGCAAUGCCUGACAUAUUUUCAGAUUUGAAUCAUAUACUGUUCUUACAUAACUAUUUA